CGACGGCUAGAGCUUCACGUCGUUUUACACAAAACAACAACAAUAAUAAUAAUAAUAAUAAUAAUAAUAAUAAUAAUAAUAAACUAGAGUCGAUAGGAACUAACAGGAACAGCAUGAGAAGUUACUCUGCAUUUCCACUCUCGGCCGCCUGCUUUCUUUGGGUUUGUUUCUCUGCGGUGAGAGGUGAUUUUUGUGAGGUGAACGUGUGCAAGAAUGCAGGAACUUGUGUGAAAAAAGUUGGAAGGGAUCCCUUUAUUUGUAUCUGCCCAGAUGGCUUCACGGGGGACACCUGCGAUGAGAAAGAAACUGGGCCCUGUCAUCCCAACCCCUGCAAAAACGACGGCAUCUGUCAGGCACGAAGAGGGGACGUCUUCAGCGGAUAUGACUGCAAAUGCCCGAAAGGCUUCGAUGGCGUGCACUGCCAAAACAAUGUAAAUGAUUGUGCCAUUCAUCCAUGCCAAAAUGGAGGUUCAUGUAUAGAUCUUGAUGGAGAUUUCCACUGCAAAUGCCGCUCACCUUAUGUUGGAAUACACUGUCAACUGCGCUGUAUCUCUAUGUUGGGGAUGGAGGGUGGUGGCAUUUCCGAAUCCCAAAUCUCCGCUUCUUCUGUCCACUAUGGCAUACUGGGAUUGCAGCGCUGGGGACCCGAGCUGGCCCGUCUUAACAACAAAGGCCUGGUGAAUGCGUGGACCGCAGCAUCACAUGACAGGAAACCCUAUAUUGAGAUCAAUAUGCACAGGAUAAUGCGUUUCACUGGCAUAAUCACCCAGGGUGCCAGCCGUGUGGGCACUGCUGAGUACAUUAAAACUUUUAAAGUGGCUCACAGUUCAGAUGGACGCUUGUACACCAUGUACAGAGGAGAUGGCCAGAAGAAGGACAUUGUUUUUCUGGGAAACAGGAACAAUGAUGAGCCCAAGUCCAAUCUGUUUGAUCCGCCUAUCGUCGCCCAGUACAUCCGUAUUCUGCCCAUGUUGUUCCGUAAUGGCUGCACUCUGAGAAUGGAGCUAGUGGGCUGUGAGCUCAAUGGUUGCUCUGAGUCACUGGGGUUCAAGUCUCGGCUGAUCGGAGAUGCUCAGCUAACAGCCUCUAGCACCUUCCGCACAUGGGGCAUUGAGGCCCUCACCUGGCACCCUCACUAUGCCCGCUUGGACAAGCAGGGCAAAACCAAUGCCUGGACUGCUGCCACAAACAGCAGAUCAGAGUGGCUACAGGUGGACUUGCUUUCACCUAAACGGAUCACAGGAAUCAUCACACAGGGGGCAAAGGAUUUUGGGAAUGUGCAGUUCAUUUCAGCCUACAAAGUGGCGUACAGUGACAACGGCCGGCACUGGACUGUGGUGGAAGACGACAAAACAAACAGUGAACAGAUUUUCCCUGGCAACUCUGAUAACAACGUGCACAAAAGGAACCUGUUUGAUCCACCUUUGUUCGCUCGAUUUGUUCGUGUGCUCCCGUGGGAGUGGCAUGAAGCCAUCACACUAAGAAUGGAGCUGCUGGGUUGUGAUGAGUAAACCUCCACUUUACAGUAUUCCAGCUCUUGUUUUUCCCUAUUUCGUCCCAUUCUUGAGUCUUAUAUGCACUGCCUCACUCCCAGCACCAGGGGGCACUAAAUACACACACACACACACACACACACACACACACACACACACACACACACACACAAAGAAAAAUUAAAAAAAUCCAUUAUGUACAUACCAAAAAACUCACACAUUAAAUAUUGUCAGUAAUGCUUGGAUUAAAUGAUUGAUAGUAAAGAAGGUUACUAAUUUGUACAAAGGAUGUAAAUGUUAUUUUUUCAUUCAUAUGUGACCGUUUUUUUCACAGAUUUUGAAGUCCAUAUGUUUGAACAUAUACUGACGUGACAGGCAUUUUUGUGUCUGUAUCCAAUAUUUUUCACUUAAACAUCAUUCAGUAAUCGCAAGACAUGUUUUGCAUUAUUUCACAACACGCCCUUCAUGUCGUAACAUUCUCAGUGCAUCAAACACAAUAAUCAGGGGCAUUUAGCAGUACAAAUCCAAAAAUUUCAGAUGGUGCAACUUUCCAAGAAAUGUAAAAAAUAAACAUUUAAGAUUAUUCAAGAUUUGACUGUCAAUAAAGUUUUACUUUUUUUCCAUGCACCCUCUCCAAAAUGCGUCGUUUUACAUUUCAGUGGAUUCCAACAUAGAGUUGUGUCUCAUGUGUAGAGACACACUAUGCCCACUUGAGUCAUCCGACCACUCAUGCAGGUGCUAUUACCAGACAGCGGUUUUCACAUUCCUGCACCAACCUUCUUUCCCUCAGGCCCGGCCAGGCUGAUAACACAGUUUAGAUUUUUUUUCUAUUUAUUUAUGUAUUUUCUCCCAUUUUUCUCCCAAUUUAGCAUAGUCAAUUUGUCUUCCACUGCCGGGGAUCCCUGAUUGCAUUCGAGGAGGGUAUAUAGCUGCUCACGCCUCUCCCGACCCGUGCGCAGUCCUAUCGGACCCCUUCUUUUUGCUCAUGCAUUCUGCACAUUAGGGUCCUUACACAGCGUUUGAAGAUCCCGUCUACAUAGUCCGGUUAUCCCGCCGUAGUAUACACGGUGGCCAAUUAUUGUCUGCUGCAGGAACUGCCAAUUAUGCCUGCUAGAUGGUGCCCAGCCGACCGGUGAAAACGCUGAGUUUCAAACCUAGGAGUUCAGAAUUUCUGCGCUGGUGUGCUAGCGGAAUAUCCCACUGCGCCACCUGGGCACCUACACAGUUGAGAUUUCAAUUCAAGAGUUCGAGCUCUCUGCAGUCAUAGGCUAGUGUAUAAGACCUCUGCACUACUCUAGCACCCAUGCUUAUCAAUUUCCCCCUUUAUUAUUGUAUAUACUGGUAGUAACAAGAACAAGUAUUUACAUUUUUUUAAAAGGGUAUACAUAAUGAUAUUAUAUUUGAGUUCGUUUUUAUAAAAGGUUUAUGCUUCCUGUAUUAACCACCAUGUUUAAGUAUCGUUUUAUGUCCACUUCAUAUUGUAUUUGAAUCAGUUUUCCAGGUCAGGUAGCAACACCACAGGAUGGUUAAAAAUUUACAUUUUAAAAAUACUAAAUACUUGUAAACAUUGGGAAGAUUGAACUGAGUGUGUUUUGGUGUGGUAAAUAACAUCUAUAUUAAAAUAAGUUUUCAUAGUCAUAUUUCAUAUUUAGUUACUUAAGGUUCAUAUACAAGUAAGAGACAUUUAUGUCAUUGUAGUUUUGGAAUUUAAGAAACUGAAAUUCACAUACUUUAUUGUUCAAAAAACUGUGUUAAAAUGUGAUAUUUUAAUUCUAAUGUUUUUGCCAUUAUUAUUAAUUUUUUGGUGGGUUUUUUUUUGUGUUUGACUAAUUUUGUUAGGUCAGAAUUCUACAUACAGUAACUUUGUAGCAGAUAAUUCAUCUGUUAAUGUGUUGUUAAUGUGUAUGUUGUUUAUUGUCAUUUAACAUCAUAGCAUUCCUCUAAAAAAUUCAAAAGCUGCUGUAACACGACCAAACCUGUCCACAAUCAAGCAAACCAGUCAUAAAGUCAUAAAGUUCCUGCUUUAAAAUCAGCAGCUUAAUUGUUAGUUCUUUGAUUGCAUCUGACCACCUGGAUGUCCUCUUAUGGAAAAGAGGGCGGGUUUUAUUCCUCCCAGGAAAAGAGAGCACUGAUUUGUGUACUGUUAACAAGUGCAGUCAAACUAGCCCUAUUUAUAUGGACAAGAAAGUCAACAGCUGUUAGUAACAAGGAAUUAGGAGCAAUACCACACAUUUAAAUGACAUUGUAGAAAAAAUUGAAUAUGUAAAAAAUGAUUGUUAAUAAAAUUAAAAUUGAAAUUGAAAUCCCAAAACUGCCAUACUUGCUGUAGAAACAUAUUUGCUGUACAAGUAUAUGUAAAGUUCUGACUUCAGCAAACAAGAAUAUUUUUCAAUGUGUGGUUGCUUCAACUGACAUUUAAAAAAUACAAUACAUACAACAGAUUAUUGAAGUUAGAAAACAUCAUGUCUAUUCUUAUAUGAAUACUGUUAUAAUUUCAGUAUAAAGUCAAAUAAAAAUGUAAAAGUUUGGACACCUCUGGUUCUUUAAUGACAUUUUACCAAAAAUCAAAACAAAAACAAAACAUAGGAUGUUGCAUGUGACACUAGCCAAUUACUGCUGGGAUCUGGGGUUUGAAUCCCCAGUGGUGCACAGUGACCCUGACCAGGAUAAAGCGGUGUUAAACAUGACAAUGAAAACAAAAGAAAAUAUUUAAAAGGUGUCCAGGUGGCAGAGCGGGAUAUUUAGCUACCAUAUCAGCACCGUGUCAGGCAAAUAUACCCUCGUAGGACGAGAUCGGGGUCCCCAGCAGCUACGCCAGAUUGGGAGAAAAGGGGAGAAAAUGCUUAAAUAAAAUAGCAAAAAACAGGAGUGUCCAAAAUUUAGCAUGCUAUAAAUCAAUAGCUCAGUAUUAUUUUAUAUUAAUGUUUUAGCCAAAUUUACACUGCCACAAGUAUAUCUCAGGUAGAUCUGAAUCUAUUGCAGUGUGCUACUGAUUUUUCUAUAAUCAAUCUUUCAUUAAUCCAACUAUAGCAACUUUAUAAACCAAAUGUUUUUGUUUUUUUUCUGUCUCUGAUUUAAAUGUUCUUAUAUAUUUAGCAUAAUAUAUUCAGUGACUGGUCAGUAAUGACAUUUUUUUAGCGGUUUAGUAGCAAAUAAGAUUGCUCCUUAAAAGAAACGUCCAGAUCCCCCAGUGAGAGGGUGCAAAUCUAAUUUAGAGGGAUUUCUAUGGUUACACUGAAGCUCAGACACCCCCUCCCCAGCUCCCCUUCCCCAGUCGAAAUAAUGCUUCUCAUUUUCUAUGACCCCUAUGAAUUAUGAAUUCUGGGCUUGUGCAAUAUGAAAUUCCAUUAAUAUUAAUGCUUGCAUGCCAAGAACCAAAUGAUGGUAAGAAUUACUGAAAAAAAGAAAAAUGUAGAAUGCUUGUGUAGUAAGUCGACAUGAGGGGUUUUUGUGACCAGUGUUGGCAUAAGUUUAAAUCAGUGAUUUUCUAAUCCUAAUAAUUUGUAACCCAGUUUAUUAUGUUCUUUGUUUUGUUGUUUUCUAUCAUUAUUUUUGUCACGCUGUAGAACAGAUUGGGUAAAAUUUCAUUUGUAUUUUUGAAAAAUGUCAUGCUAUUAAUAACAAAAAAAUAAAAAAAUAAAACAGAA